AUGGACAUUCAGUAACAGGAAUGUCCUCUGCGGCUGCUCAUAGGGCUGUCAGAGGGACCAGAGAGAUUCCUUUCUAAGGAAUAGAUGGUUCUAGGCUUGGCUGUGAGGCUUUGAGCAAAUCCCAUUCUCAUCUGUUCAAUGAGGCAGCGGGGCUGCAGUGUCUCCCUGAGGUCCUGGACCUGUGAUAGUCCAAAUCCUGCUUUGAAGAAUUAUGCGCUCUUCCCUUUUUCCCAGGAGACGUCAUCGUGUGGUACUAACACAAGUUCCCCCAUCCCCGGGGUACGGGGCAGAGAGAGCAGCUGGUCCUGAAGAAGGAAGGGAGGGCUCAGGGUGGGGCUUUGAGUGGGGGUGAGAGAGGAAUGCUGGGCACAGUCAAGGGACAGACAGACAGACGGGGAGUUCAGGCCUUCAGCCCCUGCCGGCAAAGGAGGCUGCAGCCAUGGAUCCCCUCUCGGUAAGAGACCCUUGCUGCCCUCCCCUCCCCGCAUCCCAGUCCCAGGGCUCACUGCCCACAGGGAUGCAGGGGCAGCCUAGCUGCCAGACCCGUAGUGGAUACUGCCAGGUGGGUGGGAGAGCCCCCGGAGCCCUGAUCCUGGGCCUAGGAAACAAGAGCGAUGAGGACGGCCGCCUGGUAGACGAGCAGGACCAAACCGCAGGACCAAACCGGGCCAAGGAGGAGAGGUGUAGAGUAGGAGGCAAAGUGAGCGCUAGGCGGAGGGGACACAUUAGGGGCCUACUAGGAGUCCUCCUCAUAGAGGAAGGGCUUAGAAAGCCCAGCUUAAAGACCCUCCGUGUGGGCAUGUCUGGACCUGUCCUUCAGAGAUGAGCAGCUGGAAGAUGAAGUCAACAAGCUGGGAACUGGCUUCUAGGCAGAUUGUGCUUGUGUGUGGGUUUCGGCUCCUAGUGUGACCCUGACCACCUGCUCUAAUCACCUCUCCAGGGAACUGACACUGGGCCCUGGUCUGUAGGAUUUUCAUGAGAGUGGAAGUGAGCUGAUAACCCCCCACUCUAGCCCUUUCCCAGCAUGAAUCUACAUAAUAAAAUGACGCAGCCCAACUGGACUGAGAUUGUGAACAAAAAGCUCAAAUUCCCACCCACGCUCCUGGGGGCCAUCCAGGAGGGCCAGCUGGGUCUCGUGCAGCAGCUGCUGGAGUCCGGCAACGACGCCGCCACCUCGGGUGCUGGGCCUCUGCGGAAUGUGGAAGAGUCUGAGGACCGCUCCUGGAGGGAAGCCCUCAACCUGGCCAUCCGGCUGGGCCAUGAGGCCAUCACUGAUGUGCUGCUGGCCAACAUCAAGUUUGACUUCCGGCAGAUCCACGAAGCCCUGCUAGUGGCAGUGGACACGAACCAGCCAGCGGUGGUGCGUCGCCUGCUGGCUCGGCUGGAUCGGGAGAAGGGUCGAAAAGUAGACACCAAGUCCUUCUCGCUAGCCUUCUUUGACUCCUCAAUUGAUGGCUCCCGCUUUGCCCCUGGUGUCACUCCACUCACACUAGCCUGCCAGAAGGACCUGUAUGAGAUUGCCCAGUUGCUCAUGGACCAGGGCCACACUAUUGCCCGGCCCCACCCAGUUUCCUGUGCCUGCCUUGAGUGCAGCAAUGCCCGCCGAUACGACCUGCUAAAAUUCUCAUUAUCCCGAAUCAACACCUACCGCGGCAUCGCAAGCCGGGCCCACCUCUCACUGGCCAGCGAGGAUGCCAUGCUGGCUGCCUUUCAGCUCAGCCGGGAGCUCAGGCGCCUUGCACGAAAGGAGCCCGAGUUUAAGCCUCAGUACAUUGCCCUGGAGUCGCUCUGCCAGGACUAUGGCUUUGAACUGCUGGGCAUGUGCCGGAACCAGAGUGAGGUCACGGCAGUGCUCAAUGACAUGGGUGAGGAUAGUGAGACCGAGCCUGAGGCUGAGGGCCUGGGCCAGGCCUUCGAGGAGGGCAUCCCCAACCUGGCAAGAUUGCGGUUGGCUGUCAACUACAACCAGAAACAGUUUGUAGCUCACCCCAUCUGCCAGCAAGUUCUGUCUUCCAUCUGGUGUGGGAACCUGGCUGGCUGGCGUGGAAGCACCACCAUCUGGAAGCUCUUCGUCGCCUUUCUUCUCUUCCUCACCAUGCCCUUCCUCUGCCUUGGCUACUGGCUGGCGCCCAAGUCCCGGCUGGGCCGCCUGCUGAAGAUCCCAGUGUUGAAGUUCCUGCUGCACUCAGCCUCCUAUCUGUGGUUCCUGAUCUUCUUGCUGGGAGAGUCCCUGGUCAUGGAGACUCAGCUGAGCACCUUCAAAGGCCGCAGCCAGAGUGUCUGGGAGACUUCACUACACAUGAUUUGGGUCACGGGCUUCCUGUGGUUUGAGUGUAAGGAGGUGUGGAUCGAGGGCUUGCGCAGCUAUCUCCUGGACUGGUGGAACUUCCUGGAUGUGGUCAUCCUCUCCCUGUACUUGGCAUCCUUUGCCCUGCGCCUCCUCCUGGCUGGGCUUGCCUACAUGCACUGCCAGGAGGCCUCCGACAGCACCACCUGCCGAUAUUUCACCACUGCUGAGCGGAGUGAGUGGCGCACAGAGGACCCCCAGUUCUUGGCCGAGGUGCUCUUUGCUGUCACCAGCAUGCUGAGCUUCACCCGACUGGCAUAUAUCCUGCCAGCUCACGAGUCCCUGGGCACUCUGCAGAUUUCCAUUGGCAGGAUGAUCGACGACAUGAUUCGGUUCAUGUUCAUCCUCAUGAUCAUCCUGACUGCCUUCCUCUGUGGCCUCAACAACAUCUAUGUGCCAUACCAGGAGACCGAGCAGCUGGGCAAUUUCAACGAAACGUUCCAGUUUCUAUUCUGGACCAUGUUCGGCAUGGAAGAGCACAAAGUGGUGGACAUGCCUCAGUUCCUGGUGCCCGAGUUCGUGGGCCGAGCCCUGUAUGGCAUUUUCACCAUUGUCAUGGUCAUUGUGCUGCUCAACAUGCUCAUUGCCAUGAUCACCAACUCCUUCCAGAAAAUCGAGGACGAUGCUGAUGUGGAGUGGAAGUUUGCUCGCUCCAAGCUCUACCUGUCCUACUUCCGAGAAGGCUUGACGCUGCCUGUGCCCUUCAACAUCCUGCCCUCCCCGAAGGCUGCCUUCUACCUUGUCAGGAGAAUUUUCUGGUUCGUUUGCUGUUGCUGCUCCUGCUGCAAAGCCAAGAAGUCGGACUACCCCCCCAUCCCAACCUUUACCAACCCUGGGGCAAGGGCAGGGCCUGGGGAAGGAGAACGUGGAUCCUACCGCCUUCGGGUUAUCAAGGCUCUGGUGCAGCGCUACAUAGAGACUGCCCGGCGCGAGUUUGAGGAGGCCCGGAGGAAAGACCUGGGCACCAGACUGACAGAGCUGACCAAGACCGUGUCUCGACUGCAAAGCGAGGUGGCCAGCGUGCAGAAGACUCUGGCGGCAGGCGGGACACCGCGGCCUCCUGAUGGCGCUUCCAUCCUCAGUCGCUACAUCACCCGAGUGCGCAACAGCUUCCAGAAUCUGGGCCCCCCCACCCCUGAGACCCCAGCAGAGCUGACCGUGCCAGGGAUUGUGGAGGCCGAGGUCUCUUUAGAAGCUGGCCUUGAUGCCAUAGGAGAGGCUGAGACUCCAGCGUCUGGAGAGCCCAGCCACUCCUCCCCUGCUCAUGUGCUGGUGCACAGGGAGCAGGAAGCAGAGGGGGCAGGGGACCUGCCCCUGGAGGAAGGCCUGGAGACCAAGUGUGAGUCCUAACACAACAGAAGGGUCCCUUCUGUCACUGAGUGCAGCAGCCUUCUUGGAUAGAGCAAGGGUCUCGUAGUAGAAGAUCACGGUGUUUCUUUGCCUCAGUAAAAUUUCGGCUGUGGAAGUCAGGUAGUAAUCCCCAUCUCUUGAUGUCCUAAGAUCCCUUCUUUGACUUCCCUCUAAAAUGAACCCUAUGUGAGAAUGGCAGAAACAGCUUGCUUUGGGUUCUAGGGUUCAGAAUCCUACUUUGGGGUUCCUUAAGUCUUUAGUGGAAAGAGUUCUGGCCUAGGAGGCUGGAGGUCUGGGAGAUAAGAGACCAGGGAAACAGGAGGCCUGAGAGUGUGUGGGGGGGCGCUGAGAGUGGGGAGGCCUGAAAGUGAGGGGGCCUGGAUUGGAGAGGCCUGGGAGGCCUGGAGGUGGUGCCCUUCCUUGGCCCUGGAUUUCUCAUCGACCGACAGGACUGGGAGUCCAUCUAUUCUGCCUUAAAGGCAGCUGUGAGGCCCCUCUGGCUGUUCAAAAGCUCCAGGUGCAGAGGUUCAAGUGUUUGACCAAGAGGAUCGGGAAGUUAGUUUUCAGUCCCUGACUUUCAAGCUUGCCAAGGACAAAUGACCUCGUGAAAUAAACC